CUGGGCUUGUUUUAUGUGUGCAACUCUGCAACGACAGCCAUCUCGUUGGAAGCUGAUCUCUCAUAUCCUUUUUUUUGGCAGGCCUUUUUCAAACCACAGGUGACAGCCCAGCUUCCCGAUUCCCCAAGCUUGAAAUAUCAUUCUUCCGUCGGGAUUGUAAAACCAGCCCGGCAAAGGUCUUGGCAAUUCUAGCUACAUAGCUUCCUCAGCCUUCUUUCCGGACAGACUGCGCUCUUGUGUACACGGAAAAAGCUUCCAAGACUUUCUUGAUUUUUCAAUCAGGCUCGGCCCGCUCAACGUAGCUGCCAGCAAUCAACUCCAACGGGUCUGGUCCUGGGAGUUAGGCGAGCCUGGACUCUCGGCUCUGGAGUACAUGUAUGCGCCUUUCUCCCACUUUCGGCCAUCCAUGAUGCAGUGCGCUAAAGAACUUCGUACCACCCGUUGCAGAGCAGGCAUCGCCAUCCUGCUCAUCACCCUCAUCUCAUCCUCCGAAGCUCAAAGCCUGUGCUCCGGCAGCUCGCCACCUUCUCCUGGAUGUAUCUGUUAUCCUGGCCUAACCAACGCUCCCGAUUGCAACCGACUGGCUUGCGGUAGUCCUUACCAGAAUUCAACCUCCAGAGCUCCCUUCGACCCUACUCUAGCAGGGGCAUCUGGAAGCUUGGGUUGCGGCGACCAGUGCACCCCCGGAUUCGCUGGGUCUAGCUGUAACAUCUGCCAAAAUACCGAUGCGUGUCAAAAAGGAAUUACAGCCGCUUCAUCCUCCGGCUCCGGGACUCCGUUCGGCUUGAGCUCCGCUGCGACUGGGGACGUAAUUUGCAGCAAGGAGCCCAUCGCAUUUACCGCUAGUUUUGGCGAAUGUUCAAUUGAUAAUCCCAUGAUUAAAUCAUUCCUUCCCGGUAAGCUUCAGGCCUCCAUUCAGCGCUACCCCGAUCCCACGUCAGCCUCAUUACCUACCUCGAGCAUCGCUGGACUUUCGGCCGGAUGGACUACUGUGCAACUCUUAUACGCACCGAAUACUACUGCACCCUUGCAAGAUCAAUUUUCAUGCGAAGCCAACAAUUGUACACAGCAAGUCAGCAAUGGAAUUUACAGCAUGACAUGUCAAUCUCUAAAAUGCAAAUGUAGCCCUGGCAGCUUUCUGUGUGGGGGAGGGGCGAUUGAUCUCUCGACUACAAUCAAUACGAUUUCCGGUGAUGUCGGAAUGGACUGUCCUUUGGGUGAUAAUUCUACCACAUCAGGUCCGGCAGCACCAUGUCACAUCAAAAUGGGACUUCUGAAGAACAUCUUUGGUCCCCAGGGUUUCAGUCUUACCGACUGUCAAUUCGGAGAAUGUGUUCAAAAGAGACUGGCUGCGUCCAAGCGGAAAGAACUGCUCGACGGAGGCAAGUCGUCGAUCAGUAGCGGGCUGAUUGCCGGACUGGCGGUUGUGGCGCUCAUCAUCGCCGCUUUCUUCGGGAUCAUCGGUUUUGGUUUCUACCGACAACGUUGUGCUAGGAAAACUGUAGGAAGUUCAUCCCUAUCGACAUCAGCUGCCGCUCAGGUCGAAUGGAGCAACUUGAGAUAUUAUCUUCCCUUGAAGUCCGGCGCCAGUUCACUACUUCGCAGACGUAGGGUUCAAGCAGCACCGCGUCCUGCUGAUAUGGAAGCCACCAAGUCCAUCACCGCGUCUUCGAGCUGUUCCCUCCCACCAAACACUCUUUCUUAUGGACCCCAAAUACUCUGCGGCUUGAGUGGCUCUGUGGGCGCUGGUACAAUGAUGGCAAUAUUAGGACCCUCUGGUGCUGGUAAAAGUACGUUUUUGGAUGUACUGGCCGGACAACAAAAAGCAGGCAAAAUUUCUGGACGACGGAAUAUAUUUCUAGCCAGCGAACCUGAUGAGCCCAUAGUCAUUGGAUUCGUGGACCAAUCCGACAUACUUCCACCCACCAGUACGGUCCGCGAAGCGCUGAUGUUUUCGGCUCGGUUGAAACUGCCCGAGCAUGUGUCCUCCGACGAGCGAAGCCGCCGGGUAUCUGAAGUGGUUGAUCUGCUCGGGCUUUCCAACGUCGUUGAUUCGCGCAUCGGGGACGAUGAGAAACGAGGCUUAUCGGGCGGCGAACGUCGGCGCUUGAGCAUUGGUCUUGAGCUCAUCGCUCGACCCUCCGUCUUGUUCCUGGAUGAGCCUACUUCUGGAUUAGACUCGGUUUCUGCUCUGCGGGUCGUCAAGGUUCUUAAGGGAUUAUCAGCUGGAGCUACCAAUGGACACGGCACAACAAUAAUUUGCAGUAUUCACCAACCAAAUUCUCAAAUAUAUCAUGCCUUUGAUCACGUCUGUCUGCUUGCACUCGGUGGUCGUCAAAUAUACUGUGGGCCCACGUCCGAUGCCGUGAGUUAUCUGGGAUCCCGGGGACUAAAAUGCCCUGCUGAAUACAAUCCUGCCGACUUUUUGCUAGAGGUAGCGUCAGAGCCGCCGGUUGGGUUUCUAGAGCAUUGCAUGGAAGCAGACCAGGUCAAGUCUGAAAUCACGAAGGACGAAGCAUCCUCACAGUUUCCACCACCCGCUCCUAAAAACGUGGUGGGAAAAUUCGGCGAGCCUAUUGCUACAAUGAUCACUCAGCUACAAGUCAUUUCCCGCAGGGAAUGGCUAUGUUUGAAGAGGGAUCCGAGCUUGUUUUGGUUCUUGAACAUAUUAUCAGUAAUUAUUGGGGUUUUCGUCGGUGCGAUGUUUUUCCAAGUAAACCUGAAAAUCUCUGGCUUUCAAAAUCGCGUUGGGUCUAUGUUUUUCACCUGCGCUGUAUUCGUCUUCAGCUCUUUAUCAGCGUUGACAAAUUUUUACCGGGUGAGGGUAUUAUUCAUGCGGGAACGGGCGGCCGGGUUUUAUUCCCCGACGGCAUGGCUGAUAGUCCGGGCUUGCUUUGAUGUGAUUCCAUUGAGAGUUUUGCCGAUGUUAACGAUGGGAACAAUCAUCUAUUGGAUGGUAGGCCUGACGAAUGAUGGGACACAUUUCGUCAAAUACCUUUUGGUCUUACUCGAACUCGGUCUGGUCCAAACGAUGUUCUGCAUGUGGCUCGGGGCCAGCAUUCGCAACCUAGGCACGGCCGUCUUUUUAGCUAGCAUGGCCAACUUGCUUCAAUUAGGCUUUGCUGGAUUUUUCGUCAACUUGACCAGUAUGACAAAGGUGCUGCGGUGGGUCCAAUACGUUAUACCCCUUAAAUUCGCACUAGAGGCGAUGUCUGUUAAUGAAGUUUCGGCAGGCUUAAUGAUUAAUGAUAACCUUCAGGGCAUAAAUGUCAGAGUGUCCGCCAGCAUGAUUAUGGGUUUGCUGUUUGGAUUUGAAGAGGAUGCGUAUUGGAGGAAUGUCAUCAUCUUGUUUGGAUAUUUCUUGUUUCUAGCCAGUCUCUUGAUUCUUACAGUAAUUCGCAAGCUGAGGCAAGUGAAAUAA